GCGGAACAAGGAGAGACGAGGGGGCUGAAGAAGACAGUUGCCCUUCAUCAUUCCAGUACACGUUGUACAACCAGUUUUAACCCCCCUCGUUUUAGUAUAAAUAUAUAUUUUUUUGUUUCGUUUGACUUGGAUAAAUAUUGAAUCACUGAGAAAAUGGCGAACCCAGACAACAAGAAAAGGUUUUUUGAAAACCUGUCGGGAGAAGGGAAAGCCAUCGCAGUGCUGACGAGCGGUGGGGAUGCUCAAGGGAUGAACGCUGCAGUGCGAGCUGUGGUUCGAAUGGGUCUGUACGUGGGCGCCAAAGUUUAUUUUAUUCAUGAGGGAUAUCAAGGUAUGGUGGAUGGUGGGGACAACAUAAAGGAAGCCACGUGGGAAAGUGUCUCCAGUAUGCUACAAGUGGGUGGGACCGUUAUCGGCAGCGCUCGCUGUAAAGACUUCCGGACCCACGAGGGGCGCCUGAAGGCGGCCCACAACCUGGUGCAGCACGGCAUCACUAACCUGUGUGUGAUUGGUGGAGACGGCAGUCUGACUGGUGCCAACCUCUUCAGAGAGGAGUGGAGCGGGCUGCUGACGGAGCUGGUGGAGCAAGGACUGAUCGAAGCCGAUUCUGUUCAGAGGUACUCGGCCCUACACAUUGUGGGGAUGGUCGGCUCCAUCGAUAACGACUUCUGUGGAACCGACAUGACGAUCGGCACCGACUCUGCUUUGCACAGGAUCAUCGAGGUGGUGGAUGCAAUUAUGACAACCGCUCAGAGCCAUCAGAGGACGUUUGUGUUGGAGGUCAUGGGCAGACACUGUGGCUACCUGGCCUUGGUGAGCGCUCUGGCUUGUGGUGCAGACUGGGUGUUGAUUCCUGAGAUGCCUCCAGAGGACGGCUGGGAGGAAAAGAUGUGUCAGAAACUAUCAGCGAACCGUGCAGGGAUGAAAAGGCUGAAUAUCAUAAUUGUAGCCGAAGGGGCGAUUAAUCGUAACAACAAGCCCAUUACCACUGACUAUAUUAAGAAUCUUGUUGUCAAAAACUUAGGCUUCGACACACGAGUGACCAUCUUAGGCCACGUGCAGAGAGGAGGGACACCGUCUGCAUUUGAUCGCAUCUUGGCCAGUCGUAUGGGAGUGGAGGCCGUCCUGGCCCUGUUGGAGACCACAGCCAACACGCCGGCCUGCGUGGUCUCUCUGUGCGGGAACCAGUCGGUACGAGUCCCUCUGAUGGAGUGUGUACAGACGACUCAAGAGGUCCAGAAGGCCAUGGACCAGAAACGGUUUGAGGAUGCUGUUAAGCUUCGGGGCAGGAGCUUUGAAAACAACUUGAGGACAUACAAACUGCUGGCUCAUCGUAAACCAGAGUCUGAACUGCCAACUAGCAACUUUAACGUGGCAGUGCUGAAUGUCGGUGCCCCCGCAGCAGGCAUGAACGCCGCCGUCCGAUCGGCUGUCAGGGUGGGAAUCUCCGAGGGACACAAGAUGUUCGCGGUCAGCGAUGGAUUUGAGGGAUUUUACAAAGGACAGAUUAAGGAAGUUAAAUGGGGUGAUGUCGGAGGAUGGACRGGACAGGGUGGCUCCCUUCUGGGAACUAAAAGAACUCUUCCUGCAAAGCAUAUCGAUAAAAUUGCAGAGCAGAUGCGAAAGUAUAACAUAAACGCUCUGCUGGUUAUCGGAGGAUUCGAGGCCUUGCUGUCACUGCUGGAAUUGUCAGCGGCUCGUGGGAAAUAUGACGAGUUCUGUGUGCCGAUGGUCAUGGUCCCAGCCACUGUCUCCAACAAUGUGCCUGGCUCAGACCUCAGCAUUGGCGCCGACACGGCCCUGAACGCCAUCACUACUACKUGUGACCGCAUCAAGCAGUCUGCCAGCGGGACCAAGAGACGYGUGUUCAUCAUUGAGACCAUGGGGGGCUACUGUGGCUACCUGGCCACAGUAGGAGGCCUGGCUGCUGGGGCUGAUGCAGCGUAUAUCUACGAGGAACAGUUUGAUAUCAGAGAUCUGCAGGGAGGCGCUCCGUCCCCRUUCGACCGUAACUUUGGGACCAAGAUCUCAGCCAAGGCGGUGCAGUGGCUUUCUCAAAAGCUGGUGGAGAGUUACAGACGAGGCCGAGUGUUUGCCAACUCGGAGGACUCCUGCUGUCUGCUGGGGAUGCGUGCCAGGGCUCUGGUCUUCCAACCUGUUGUGCAGCUGAAAGAUGAGACCGAUUUUGUUCAUCGGAUUCCCAAAGAACAGUGGUGGCUGAAGCUGCGUCCUCUCAUGAAGAUCUUGGCCAAGUACAAGACGAGCUACGACGUGUCCGACUCAGGACAGGUGGAGCAUGUCAUCCACAGCCGACCCAAAGAUUCCGACGCUUCUGUCGCCAUGUGAAGGCCCUCGCUGUGCUGCUUCCCACAGAGGUCCUGUCUGUGUGAGACCUAACCCAUGUGUGAGAUGUUAGUCAAGAUGUUGUGAAGGAGCUGCAGUGAACAGCUGUCUCUCUUUGGCCCUCAUAUUGUGUUCAUUUCCUGUGUUAGUCAUUUCCAUGACUCAUGAAGUCUGACUUAGAAGUACUCCUGUUAUUAAACAAACAAACAAAACAAAAAAAAAACUCACAGCAGUCUUGCCAUGCACUUGCGUGUUCUCGUUGCCCUGGAUGUUUAGUGUUGUUUUUAAAUUGCACUUUUCUCUGUCUCAAGUUGCUUAGACAGGCUCUGAUUGCAGAGCUGCACAAGGACAGAAUAGACACUUUAUCUGCAGUAAAAACCAGAGCGUGUGUCUGCCAAGCACGAGCGUGAGGUUCAGCAUAUUUAUGUGAGGCUGCUGUGUGCUGUGCUUUACAGAGAACUAAUAUUUAUAUAUUUAACAUUGUUUAUUUUGCUUGUAAACAUGAAUAUAUUAAUUAUUGUACUGUAGGCCCAGCUGUACUUUGUAGAUGUUUUAUUGCACCAAAUUAGAUGAGACCAAGAUUUAUCGCUUAAUAAAACUAGUCUUGAGAAGUGGAA